AUGGCUGAGCGGCACAGCCCUGCAGCAUGCACAUUUCCAGAUGAACUUCGAGGGACUUGGCACAGUUCCCAUAAGGGGGCUAUAACUUUUAGCAACACUACGAUCUCUCAAUACCCCAUCCAAAUGUCUGCAUUGGUAUCCUCUCUCGACUUUGUUUGUCAGGAAAAAAGUGGAUCUGUGUACUUACUUAAGUCUCCAAUCGCAGUCAUUGCAUUUGGUCAACUGAUAGAUUCCUACAUAUGUCUGGACAUCCAGAGAAUAUCGGCUACAAAAUAUAAAUAUUACAUAGGAACAACGAUGGAGAGUAGUAUUAAUGACUAUGUAUAUGGAAUAAUGACUCAAUCUACCAUCAGUAUGAGCGACGCCUGCAACAGGGCCACUCCCUAUGAACAGGGUACUUUCAUCACUUUGGUCCAAGACGGUGAAGUAUACACUGGUUCUGCUCAAGCGUCGUGUCCCCCUGACCUUUUGGCAGCGUAUUCAACCGUGACAAUUAAAAACUCAGACGAGUCAACAACCUGCUCUGGAAACUCAUUUGAUGGAUGCUCACAAAAACUCACGUUCAAAUCAACAUACGAAGCAUGUGCUUCGGGCUUGGUAUUUUCAACAUCAGGUGAUUUUUACUGCCUCCACUACCAGACAAGCGGGGGAAUCACGUAUACCGUCGUCUGGAACAACGAUACAUCCGUCACCGGAAGUAGUACUUAUAGGUCAACCUGCUAUGCCUCUCAAACGGUUGGUUCUACACUGUAUGUGACCGAGUAUCCAGGGUUUUGCCAGUAUCCCAACCAGACCAGCACUUAUGUAUUUGGCUCGGGAAUAAAAUAUACUAUGACAUCACAAACAACUACGUGUGUGAUAACUAAAGAGGGCGGAGGGAGCGGAUUCUACUACUUUCUGAUUGUAUUAGGGAUACUUCUUGUUGCUGCUAUUGCGUUUGUUAUCUUCAUUAUAUACAAAAAAUACAAAAAUAAAAUACGAAUGAUGGAACUUGAGGUUUACACUGAGGAAACGAAAAGCCGGCCUCCAACAUCAAUGACAAAAGAAAGCAAUGAUCGUGCGCAUGAUCAAGUCCCUAAACUUCCUCCAAUAUUUCCAAACAAACCUUUGGUUCAAUCAAAUGAACCAGUAAAAACAGAGGAACCAGAAUCAGAACCAACGACUGUGGAACCAAUAUCCUCCGAAAAUACAGAACAAGUUGGAAUUGCAGAACCAACACCUGCUGAUGAUAAUUAAGAUUCGAACAAAAAAGAAUACUUA